GCCUACUCUCUCAGAUUCUCCUCAGGCUCCUUCGCUCGCGACUGUCUCUUCCCCGCUCAGGUUUCCGAACCCGCGAGAACGAAGAGGAGGACGGGGAGAAGCAAAGCGCCUGAGCGGAUAGUAUCGGAGAGAGGCAGGAGGUACAGCCGUUCCGUACUGCCAGCGGCGGGCGAGCGGGUGCCGGGCCGGUAAUGCGCUGUGUGGAAAGCCGUUAAAACAGAAGGGCGGGCCUCCUCCCUGCGGACUACAAACCCCAGAAGCCCUUGCGCCAAAGGGCGGGCCUCCUGCCUGUAGCAGCUGCGAGAUGGGCGGACCUAGAGGUUCGCGAGUCUUGUCAGCUUCGCGAACUGCAUAAAUCUGGUCGCUGUUUGCUGCUCUUCAAAUUAUGACAUUUGUAUACCGCCCUUCGUCUGUGCAUCUCAGCGAUUAAUAAUAAUACAGUAAUAAUUUUAUUAUUUAUACCCUGUCCAUCCAGUUGGGUUUCCCCAGGCACUCUGGGCAGCUUUCAGCAUCUAUAAAAACAAGGCUCAUAAAAAUACAAGAUAAAAACGCAAAUUACGUAAUAAAAGCCAGAAUAAAACACAAACCAAUGACCCCCAUCCCUCCCACAAAUUUUUAAAGGCCUUAGAUUGUUUGAAUAGCCAAAGGCUUUGGAGAAGAAAAAAGUUUUCACCUGGAGCCUAAAAUAUAUGUAGUGAAGCCACCAGGUGAGUCUUCCUGGGGAGAGGAUUCCAAAAAUGGGGAACCACUGCAGAAAAGGCCAAUUCCUGUGUGCCACCCUCCAGUCCUCUUGUGGAGGAGGCACACAAAGAAGGGGCUCAGAUUAUGACCACGGGGUCUGGGUAGUAUUUUGCACAUGCUCACACCAAUCUACCAUGAUCUCACCGUAACAUUAAGUAGUGUAGAAAUAAAACAAACCAGUUGAUCAACACAAAUUACAGACAUUCAGCUGCCCACAAAUUUGUACCCAAAGUGCUAGUACAGUGGUGCCUCGCAAGACGAAAAGAAUCCGUUCUGGGAGUCUCUUCGUCUAGCGGUUUUUUCGUCUUGCGAAGCAAGCCCAUUGAUGGGAUUAGCGGAUUAGCGCUAUUAGCGGCUUUAGCGGCUUUUAGCGGCUUUAGCGGCUUUUAGCAGCUUAUCAGCUUAUCGUAUAAGCAUAUACGCGGCUAGCGACUUAGAAAAGAGGGAAAAGGAAAAAAAACCCAGGAACUCGCAAGACAUUUUCGUCUUGCGAAGCAAGCCCAUAGCAGAUUCGUUUUGCGAGGCACCUCCAAAACGGAAAACUCUUUCGUCUAGCGAGUUUUCCGUCUUGCGAGGCAUUCGUCUUGCGGGGGCACCACUGUAUUUUACUCGUCCCCCAGUGACCAGCUUUUUCUUACUCAUGUCAUGCAUCAUUAUUUAUGCAUGUACAAUUUUGUAAGAAAAAUACAAAAACAAUUAAAAAAAAACAUAACCAAAGCUACUGGAAAAUUAACAGCACACAAUAGAGGACAAAUCAGUAGGAAGGGGGGAAAGAACAAUACAAAACUAAUGAAACUAGGAGCUUCAUGGCUAUCCUUCCCCCCCCCCCCCGCUGAUUUAUGUUUAGGCAAAGGUAAAGGUCAUGACUGGACCUAAUGGUCAGGGGUCCCGACUCUGGGGUUGCGGCGCUCAUCUCACUUUAUUGGCCGAGGGAGCUGGCAUUUGGCCACAGACAGUUUCCGGAUCAUGUGGCCAGCAUGACUAUGCCACUUCUGGCAAACCAGAGUAGCGCACGGAAACACCGUUUACCUUCCCGCCAGAGCGGUACCUAUUUAUCUACUUGCACUUUGGCGUGCUUUCAAACUGCUAGGUUGGCAGGAGCAGGGACCGAGCAAUGGGAGCUUACCCCGUUGCGGGGAUUCGAACCACCGACCUUCUGGUCAGCAAGUCCUAGGCUCUGUGGUUUAACCCACAGCGCCACCUGCGUCCCAAUUUAUGUUUAGUUGAUUGAAAAAUGUGGAUUCAUUUCAAAUGCAUUAUAAACGAGAAGUACCCUUAAUCUUUUUUUUUCCACAGCUGUAGGAGUUGCCAAUAGUUUUCAAAUAGCAUUCCAAGGGACACUUGAAGGCAGAAGGGGGUCCUUAAAAUCAUCUCAGUGAGCGCCAUGAAACACAACUUAUAAAUGCACUAAUGAUCUUCAUUGCAGUGUACUGACAAAAGAGGAACAUUCCGACUUCUGGGGGGUAUUUUCAUGGUGAUAUGUGUGAAAUGUGAAGUGAGUGCACACCUAAGAACAUGUCCCAGAAUCUUUUGUGCUGUGUAGCAGCUGUUCAUUAACAGAUACUGUGGUAGGAAAGUGUAGUUUGGAGGCCAAUACCACAUUCUGUCCACACAUACUUAUUCCUCUCUAGGAAGGUUGUUAACCAAUCCUUUUCUUAAACCAAAGCAUUCUACUAUCACUAAUAAUGGUAAAUUAUUACCCACCUUUUACCCUAAGGUUACAACAAUUAAACAACUGACAAUCACAAAAAUAAGGUGCAUCACAUGUGACUGUGAUUUUCUACAUUAUCUUAUUGGACAGUUGAUCACAACGAACACCUGACAUAUGCUGUGGAGUAGUUAUCAGUUCCAGCCAGCUACAAUCAAGGACACAAGAUCCUCCUCCUAAUAACAUCCUCAGUUAUGUUAUGGGAGGUCAGCAGGGACCGACCAGGGGAGAAUUGCUAGAGUACGCUUUUGCCAUAAGUACCGGUGAAACAAAAGUUUGCAAUGCAGUUAUUUCAGUUCAUAUUACAAAAAAUGCUUAGUAGAGUUUUCAAAUAAAAUAAAGAAUAGAAGCAAGUUGAAAAUUCAAUUCUCAACUGUGUGGAUCAGUGCCAUCACCCUGGGCAAGGUGCCCUCCAGUCCCCACCCUCAGUGCAGUCCUAAUGCCAUUCCAUGCUCACAUAAGCAUAUUAAGUAGUGGCAGUGUUAACAGCAGAAAUGAACAUCCCUACCUGCCUUUUAAAUAAGAUUUUUAUUUACAAAUUUAUAAAGAGCACUCUCAUUAAAAACAUAUCAAGCUGUUAUACAAUAUUUAACAACAAAAACAAAGAUACAUAAAGCAACAUUAAAACAUUAUUUGAAGCAUCAAAUAGUGAUUGGAUUGAAAAGAAAUUCAUGUUACAAGAGCCUGUCUGAGCAAGACAGUCGUCAAGAGGCAUGUGACUAAAGGGAGGAAUGGUUCCCACUGAACUACAAAUAAGGAGUUCCAUAGGGUAGGGUCUGGCACACUAUAGCCUUGGUCCCUAGUGAUGGCCAGCCAAAUCUCAGGGACUUUGAGAACUGCCAGAAGUCCCCCAUAAGGGGAUCAAGGUAGGACAUAAGGAAUCAGACACUCCUUGAGCAAAGUGGAAACGAGUGCUAUUUUACUAGACUAACUGUCAGUACGCAGUCCAGCCCUGAUCAGCAAAGUGCUGGGUGAGACUACAGACACCCACCGUCCUCAUUUUCUCAGAGUGGUUCUGGGCUUUGCUGCAAGUGUCUGCAGCACAUCACAGUGCCCCUGAGUACCACAAGCCCCUCUUCCUUCAAACAAAUGUUUUAGAAAUGGCCAUCGCUCAUAAUAUUUAUCCCAAUAUAUGUCAGCUCUGCUGUAGUGAUUCAGUUCAUAGUCAGUUCAUAGUAAGGUUAACCGUGUUGUUUGCAAAGCAGAGCGAGUAUCUUUAACAGCUGGAUGUAGGCAGAAAUUCAGCAAGCACCACCCCACCCCUUCAUGGAGAAGACAUCAUCCUACUAGCUAGGCAUUAGGCAUUAACCCUGUAUAUUAGAUUGCAAUGAGGGAAACAGGAUUUGCUGUGAUACCUUCUCCACUUACAUUUAGGCCACUAAACUUUUUUUACAAGUUGAGCUUCAUAUUCCUCCAGGAUUUGGAAGCAAAUACUCCUGCUUUGCAACAAUGUACCGAAGAUUCAUAGUAGAAUACUUCCAUGUGGUAUGGUUUGGGAAGUGGUGUGUACACAACGUUGGCUGCAAUCCAUAUCUAUUCUGUUGUUUCUUCGGAAACACAGUGUUUUGAUGCAGUUUUCCCCAAACCAGUUUUGAUCUGAAUUGAGAAAAAGAAUGACUUUGCUGUGUUUUAAGCUAGCAAUGUGCACACAUCAUCGGUUUUCAAUGAAAUAUACAGGGAUAGAUAUUCCUUCCAGGAACCACCAACUUAAUCCAUUUUAGUUUCUUCUAGUACUCAUAACAGCAUGUUAGGGGGUCAAGUGUUAGAAAUUGGGUUGUAAGAGGAUCUCUUAUAACUUGUUCAUUUGAAGAGGCUACUCCAUUUCUUGCUUAAAACCCUUACCAGGCAGAUGUCGUAAAGACUGUUUAUGACUACUAUGUUAGGCUAGGGAAAAAGCAACACAAAGACACAAGAUGUUCAAUCAAACUGCCUAAUAAGAUUAAAUACUCUUGUUUUUAGUUUGCAUACAUCAGUGGUUGACUCUCCUGGGAUUAUUCCUUGACAAGUACAAAUUACAUUUUCCUGUUUACUUACCUGACAAGUGUCUCCCCCUUUGCUCUCGAGGUCCAUCUACCUGUUGCAGGAACCAUGGCUUGUCACUGCUCCAGAUGCAUGCCUCGUGAAUUAUGCUAGUAAUAUCUAUCAUCUAUCUAUCUAUCUAUCUAUCUAUCUAUCUAUCUAUCUAUCUAUAAUGGCUUUUCUCCCCCCCAACCUUCAAACUUUACUGUGGUUAUAGCAGGGGAUUAGCAGCAGCCAGAUACUAGCUGCCUGUUACAGGGAACAUGAUAAGUGUAGAACAUUGCAACAUAAAACAAAUGAAGAUGGCUUAUUUCAGAAACAGAGAAACAACAAACUGUAGAAAGCUGUUUGAGGCACAUACUGUAAGCCUGUAGCCUGACUUGGAAGAAAACACCACAGUUUAUAAUGGGACGUGCCUUAUUCCCGAUAUAUGGUCUUUCAACCUUAGUAAUCUACUGACCUUUGUCUCAGCAUUGCAUUGCAACCCAUUCUUACUUUAAAGAUGAUUUGAUGAACAAGAACAGCUUUGCACAUUGCAAGUAGGUUAGUUGAUUUUGUGUCUCAUAGAUUCUGCAAGAUCAUUCUGUACUACAUCUAGUGCAUGUUGGUGAUGUUAUAUAAAUAUUAAACGAUAUUAAUUAAAAAGGGCAGCGAGAAGACCACAAGAUCUAAUCCCAAGAGGAAUAUCAGUUACCACAUUUGCUACCUACUCAGUAAAACCUAGCACUGAACCAGUUCUUCUGCUAUUUGUUAGCAUUAAUUGGCCAAUUAUUUCUUCUUCGUUUUUAAUCAAAAACAGCCCCAUUUUUUGGUACCUCUACCUACUUUGGAGGAGAUUAUGGAAGUUUUAAAAAAAGUUUUGUUAUGAGAAUUGCUACCCUUACUAUUUCAGUCCCUGUUUCAGUCUCCUCUUCCCCAUUCCAGUCUCUAAAAGUUACAUCUCUACCUUGGUGGAAGGGGGAAGGUACAUUUCCUUUCUGGUGCACAAGCCUGAAUACUAAAUUAACCAGGUAGUGUGCUUGCUGUUAUUUCACAGGCUGUGGAGGAGUUGAAGGACUGCGAUCCUUCCCUGCUAUCUACCUCCUCAUUCUAGUAAUUGGACCUUAUAUACAGGUUUGUAACUACACAUUUGACUAUGUCUUUUUUAAAAGCAGGAGCCACCAGCCUUUGGAGGCCCAUGGGCACGCUUGCAAACCUGAAGAGCUCACUUAAAAGUAUGUGUAUCCUACCCUCUCUAUAUAGAACACUCCAAGGCAAUAUUCUGUCAGCAUGUUCCUUUAGCAAUGUUUUCAUAGACAAGGCCUACACUAUGGGUGCAUCUAUACUACAAACUUAAAACAGGCUUUAGAACUAUUCCGUAGACCUGUUGAGGAAUUUCUGCCGUGUAAGUCUAAAUGUGUACAGGAGGGCGAGGAGGGGGAGAGAGACAUGUCAGCUGGUUCUUUCCUACCAUCAUAUUCCUAUUAGACUUGCCACCCACUCCUACCACCCAUGGGGGGGCAUCUAUAGAAGCAGGUAUCUUCUAUGCAUAUAGGGUCUUCACACUCCCUUAUGUUCCACAUCACAAGGGGAGGCUAUAUGCUUGGAGCAUGCUCCCCUCUGCAGGUGUUCCUGUAGGCAUGGGUCCAGCUCUUCCCUUCUGAAAUUCCUCACCACAUGGACUGAAUGCCUGAAUACAUCUCAUACCCCUAGGGCACCCUGGGGUCUGGGAGGGGAACUAGGGAUUCGAGACAGUUCUCUCAUCACUGUGAACUAGGAUUCUUUGGGGAGGGUGUGAACGAAGAGAGAAGAAUCAGGAUAGCAAAUCUGGUAUAACAUACAAAUUUGUAGUACAAUUAUGCCUCCUACAACUUUGUGAUAAAGUAGUCCAAUGUGAGUCACAGGUUUAGUAUCUUACAGUUAUGUUCACCAUGGUAAAUGUCAGUUCAGAUGAUAGCACCAUUCGUGGUAUUUGGUACUGGUGGUAGAUUUAGUUCAUUUCAAACAAUAUGGUUUGAAAUAAGACCACUAUGUGGUUCUUGCAAAGGGGCUGUAUAACUAAGUAUGUCAUCACCACAGCAACUCGGCAGCAGAAAAUAUAUUGAGUCAAACCCUACAGAGGAUACACUACUAAUUGCACUUUAAUAUUAGAUAUCCAAACAGGACCCAAAGCAGAGAAACAUGAGUCUCUGCACAGAAGGAAUGUUUGAUAGCUAGAUAGCCAUAUAUUAUUUUUAAUUCUCCUGAGCUGCCCUGGAAGCAUUUUGUGUUAAAGUGCUUGGAAAAAAAUUACAAAAUAAAUAGAAGUAAUGGAUAUAAGAGCCUUCCUAUUGACCCCCCCCCCAUCCCCAGGGGAAAAAACUCUCAACUAUGGUAGCAGAGCACCCAGGGAGUAGCCUUUCUCCCCUACAGCAGCCAGUUUGACAGCAAAGCUAACAGCCAGCCCAGAGCAACAUCAGACCAAUAUGUACUGGAGCUCUUGUUUAGGCUGUCUAUACAUGUUACUUGUUUCAGCAACAUAAGGUAAAGGUAAAGGGACCCCUGACUGUUAGGUCCAGUCACGGACGACUCUGGGGUUGUGGCGCUCGUCUCGCUUUACUGGCCGAGGGAGCCGGCGUUUGUCCGCAGACAGGUUCCGUGUCAUGUGGCCAGCAUGACUAAGCCGCUUCUGGCGAACCAGAGCAGCGCACGGAAACACCGUUUACCUUCCUGCCGGAGUGGUACCUAUUUAUCUACUUGUACUUCGUGCUUUCGAACUAAGUUGGCAGGAGCAAGGACCGAGCAACGGGAGCUCACCCCGUCACGGGGAUUUAAACCACCAACCUACUGAUUGGCAAGCCCUAGGCUCUGUGGUUUAACCCACAGCGCCACCCGCAUCCCUGCCAAUACAUAAAGGAAAUGUCAAAUUAGUCAACUAGAGUAAUGUAGCAUUAUUGACUAUUUGACAAUGGAUUUCAUCAUCACAGACUGUUUCACAGACUGCUGUAAUUAAAAGCCUGGCAGGAUCUUGCCCAUUUUAGAAUAGCAAUUAAUUCAGACUUCAGUGUUACUUACCUAGCCACCUAUAUUCCCAGAAGCCCAAGCCUACAGCUAUCACACUUUGGAGAGUCCUGUAUUUCACUGCAGGAUCAGAACCAUCUAAGGAUCAGGCAACAACUGGAUCUUCCAGAGGAAGAAAAUCAGGCCAAGGUAGCUAGUUUGAAGGAAUGGCGUAAAGAGAGCUAAGCCAAGGUCAGUUACAGGAAUCUUAGCAGAGCAAGGACACAUAGGCUUGCAAGCUUGCUCCUAGAAAGGGAAAGCUAUACAAGGACAGAAAAGUUAAGUGAAAUUGAUGAACUAUGCAGAAAUGGCUAAAUUGACAUACAAACGCAGAGAUAAGGACAACUGUGACUUUAAAGAAGAAUGGGAACUUUUCACAUAUUACUUAAAAAGGCAACAAAACGAAUUGGACUCCUUGGCAGGUUUUGAAUAAACAUACACAAAUCUAUUGAUUGUUAACAUAGUAGAUACAUAAUAUAAGGAUUUAUACAAUUUUACAGUAUGCAGAGAACAAUAUGAGUUGAGAAAUCAGAGGAGCUGAGCGAAGUCUUGGGGGGGAGGGAGGGUUUGAUGGGGAGGUGGGGGGAAUGAUGAAUAUGAGAUGUUUUGAUAUUUUGUUAUGUUGAAAUUGUUAAUAAAAUAUUUUUUUUUUUAAAAAAGAAAAGUUCGGUGACCAAUCAGAAGGGAGACAAGUGGUGCAAGGUGCAGAGUGGUGAAAUCAAGGGAGUACAGUUUUAGUCCAAUACUAAUUGUUGUUGGCAUUCAUCUGUCUCAAAAGAGAAUGGAAUGCGCCUCCAGGGGUGAAGUCAGACCGCUGGAGAAUCACAGCACCUACUGUGCAGAGACCGGUAACUUGUAACUGCUGCCUUCUGCAUUGUUUUUGCUGUGUUAGCAGCACCGAAGGGACAUCUCUGGGGCCAAGCCUGGGCAGUGUGUGUGGAGGCCCUGGGCUGCUGAGAUGACAAGACCUCAUUGAUGUGGUCUAAAGGAAAGCAGAGCAAUAGGUUUGGCACCAGCUUGGCUACAGGAGUUGCCAAAAGGAGGCUUACAAAGACACUAUCCAACCAUGUUAGGGACUCCACUCAGGAUUUGUGUAGGGUUUACUCCUUAGCUUUUUAUUCUUCCAAAGAUGUCCCACAAGGUAGCAGGUACGGCUUGUUCCUUGGGGUUUCACCCCGAAGCCAUUCUCAUGAAUGAGUAUAGCUGCAAGUCAGUGGAGGUUUAGGAUCAGAGUUGUCCUUCUCCAAUACUAAUUGACAUUUUCAGUUUUAAAUUAGCUUGCUGCAAUGCUAAUUAACUCAUUGCGUGGUAUAUGGGGUUUUACUGGAGAUGAAUUGAUAGAGCAAUUCCCUCCUGAAUGAUAGAGCAUUACAGCUGAUGGCAUAUCUCCAUUUAAUGCAAAACAAUUCUGGCUGCUCUUACCUCUUUCUUUUAAAACAAUAUUUAUGGAUUAAGCUGCUUAGGAGCUAGGGUGUCCAUUUCUGAGGCAGGAAUAAUGGAUAAACUCCAGCUCCCAGAAGUCUGUAGUUCAAGAUUCACCAUGGCACUGAUGUAAGCCUUUUUUUUUUUAUAUAGGCCAAGAGAACGGAAUAGAUAAGAGGCUAAUGGUAUACCUGCUCCAGAACAAUUGCAGAAAUCAACCAGACCUACUUUUUUGUAAAGUAAAUCUGCAUUGUAGCCGGCAAAGUAAAUGGACAGUUUACAGUCUCAUUCAUUUUAUUUUGGUAGAGAAGCGGGUAGAGGAAUCAGGUUACCUUUACAGAGUUAUCAAAUGCAACAGUUACAUCAUCAUGUUGUGGGAUUUAGCCUGCUAUAACCAGAUGUUUUCCGGUGCACCUGUACCUUUGGAACAGGCUUGCUUUAGCACCUGCUCUUUCUCAAUAGAUGUAUUCUCACUUAGAGCAGAGCAGUCCCAAUAG